AUGGAGUCCCAGCCACAACAAAUAAUACCGUACUGGCACCUCACAUCCCCUACCUCAUCUUUCUCCGCUGGUACCGUAUUGGCACCUGGCAUACCAGUACAUGUUGGUAUCGUACCAGUUCCUGCCGGUACUGUACUAGUUCAUGCUGGUACUGUACCAGUUUUUGCUGGUACAGUACCAAUACAUGUUCCUGUUGGUUCCGUACCAGUUCAUGUCGUACCAGUUCCUGUUGGCAUCGAACCAAUACAUGUUGGCACCGUACCAGUUCUUGCUGGCACAAUACCAGUUCAUGUUGGCACUGUACCAAUACCUGUCGUACCAGUACAUGUUGGCACUGUACCAGUUCCUGUUGGCAUCGUACCAGUUCAUGCUGGUAUCGUACUAGUGCUCGUCGUACCAGUACCUAAACCUGCCGUACUAGUACCAAUUCCCUGUACGGUGACCUCGUUUUUCCCUAGUACGGCCUCCUCUGCCAUUGCUUGGUCUGCCAUACUGGUAUCGUCUAUGGCUUCCGACGCAAGCACAACUAGGCUGAUCUGUGGUAGUGACACCUGCCGUUGUGCCAGUGGUUCUCCUUCAUUGAUUUUUCGGAACAACACUCCUACUGGUCGUACGUCCCCCACCAGACUGGCCAUUGUAAGUGCUUCCUGUGGUACCAAGUGUGUCGAGGAUAAUUUUGGAGGUGUGAAUUUCACUCUUGUGCUCUUCCAUUGUGCUCGUAGCCCUCCAUGCCGAUCUUCUGGUUUGAAUGAAACUUGUACCAUGCAGCCCUGGAACUGA